AUGACCAUCCACCCAGACACUCAAUCCCUCCCCACAGCAGCCCAAAUCCCCCUCCAAACCUUCCACCUCCCACCCUUCCCCCGCGAAGCAUCCAACCUCAAACACCUAACCCUAACCUCCGACAUCAAGCCUACCGACUACGCAGACCUCCUCGCUGCUGCCACCACCACCACCCAAGACGACGCAGUCCCAGCAGUACCGCCCACUCUCCCCACGGGGAUCCAAUCCCUCACCCUCGAACUCUUCUCGCUAGGCUACCCAGCCCCCUUCCUCACCCACCUGGGCAAAGCCCUCCCCGCCCUCAAAGACCUAACGCUGUACUCCCACCUCAUCGAUGGCGUAAGUGACGCCUCCCGCCGCGACGCAGCGGACUUCAUCCACGGUGCCCUCGCGGGGUUACAUAGUAAGAAUGAGGGCGGAGAUACUAGUACCGGAGGGCUACGGGAACUGCAUCUCCUGGAUGUGUUCUGUCGGAAGGGCUUUAUCGCGGGGAUCGGUGAUAUUCUACAUGAUCUGGAGGACCGGAAAAGAGCGCUCCGUCUCCUGGAGGUGUCGUACACGUAUCGCGGCCAUUCCGAUGGGGAAUUUCUGGACCGGAUCCCCGUGCAGGAGUUGCCGGGGCUGCUGGUUGGGGGGUUGGUGGGGGUGUCGUUGAGGUUGGAGGCUGCUGCUGCUGCUGCUGCUGCUGCUGAUGCGUCUUCACAGGCGGGGUUGGAGGGCAUGCCUGAUGACCCGGCUGAUAUAGAUGAGAACGGAGAGCGGGCUACGAAGAAGCCAGAAGGGAUUGUGCCGGUUGGGUCUGCGCAUGAAGGGACGCGGUUGUUGGUGGAGAGGUUGGGUGGGAUUGGCACUGGGGAUGAGGUGGAAUCUGAAUCCGAGUCAGGGUUGAAGAUGCUGGAUUGCACGCUCUAUGCCCUGUCGCUUGAGCAGCUGGCAUCUGUGCUACGGCGUCAGAGACGGUUGGCGGUUCUCAGUGUUAGUGUUCUGGUCUCGGAGGGGCAGCAUGCGAAGCGAGGGUUAUGGGAGACUCUGAGAUUGGGGGGUGAGCAGCUGGAGGUUGUGGAGGUUGUGGGGGUGCCUGGGCCGGAGGGGAACUAUGUUACGGACUCGGGGAAGUCUGAGGAUCUUUUCCGGGACAUGUUCCCUACGUCGUCAGAUAUGCUGGCUCUUGCUGCUGCUUUGCCGCAUCUGGAGAGCUUUUCCAUGACGAUCCUGAGGGCGCCGGCGUUGGGUCUGUUUCUUGGGUGA